AGGGGUCGGAUUCCAAACCAUUUCCUCCUGUAGACCAAACGAGAGAGAUAACGUCUCGCCGUCACUUUGUUGGUCACUACGAGUUAAAGAUGAGAGGGCCGGGAAUCGUAGUCAGGUCGUUUGGUUUCGUGCGGAGUGCAUCCUGCAGUGUAACGAGAUGAGAGCCAUACGGAUCCAUUAUUACCAUUGACGGAUUUAAUUUAAACUCAAUCGAUAUUUAUUCCUCCAUUCUUAGAUUGAUUUCUCCAUUCUCAAUACUCGGAAAAGUAUAAGCAAAGAUCAAUAGUGCUACGAUGAUAACUGUGCACGGGAUGAUUGAAGUUAAUUGGUGUAAAACAUUUACUUUACUCGUAAUCUUGAAUAGUAAUAUUAACACUAUAAAAUGUAAAACUACGGAAUCGAAACAAUCGAUUCGGGACUGGUAAUCGAUUCAAGACAUUCCCCGCUCCAGCGCGAGGCGGUCCACAAUGGCCGACCAAGGAACACUUGUGCCGUCGACCAAUCGGAAGAGGCGACGUGGGAAGGAGACGGAGCCUGCACCUCCCAUGGCCAGUCCCAAUAGCAGCAGCUAUUUCUCACGAAGCCUACCUGCGUGCGGGGUGGAGCGACUGGGAUUUAGUUUUUUCAACCAGCCUUGCGAGCAGCUCGCAAGGGCGAUGCUGGGGCAGACCCUGGUUCGCCGCGUGCCCGGAGUGGAGGGAGCCCUGCGGGCACGCGUGGUAGAGAGCGAGGCGUACCCGGGGGGUCUCGACGAAGCGUCGCACUCGCGCCACGGCCGCCGCACGCCCAGGAACGUGGCGAUGUUCAUGCCUCCCGGCACGCUCUACGUGUACCGCAUCUACGGGCUGCACUGCUGCCUCAACGUCUCGAGCCGCGGAGAGGGCUCGGCCGUUCUUCUCCGUGCUCUGCAGCCACUGGAGGGAGUGGCGACCAUGCGUUUGCUCCGCCAGAAGCCGCAGCAGGCCAGCACCAAAUGUGGCCGUGGCCAGUUGCCGGAUCGAAAGCUCUGCAAUGGCCCCGGCAAGCUGUGCCAAGCCCUGUCCAUCAGCUGUGCCCUCGACCGCACGGACGCCGCCUCGGAGGACUCGGAGCUGUGGUUUGAGAGGGGAGAGGGCGACGUGGGGGAGGAAUCGAUGGUGGCGGCGAGGAGAGUGGGGAUCACCUCGGCCGGAGACUGGGCCGAGAGACCGUGGAGGUUUUACAUCCGUGGCAAUGAAUGUGUGAGCGUGGUCGACAAGACAGCUGAGCAGUUGGCACUGAGGGUGACCCAAAAACAGGAUACCGGAGAUCAGGGUUAGGGGAGAGAUUUGUUUUGAGACUCAGCUCCAGGAAACUAGGUCUCAGCGUCUUGAGACUCGGUUCCAGGAGACCAGGCAUCAGGAUCUUGAAACUUUGCUCCAGGAGACCGGGUCUCAGUGUCUUGAGACUCAGCUCCAGGAUUUAAUGCAAUCAUACUCCAGCAAAUACUUUAUUGAACUUAAAUGCUAUUUUAUUGCAUCUCAAUAAAGAAUGUAUUUUGUAUCAAUAAUGAACGUGGUCUAACAACAUCACGGGUGUAUUUAAUAUAGAUACUUGUAUGCAUUAGACGUACAGGGUGAUCCAUUUGUACAGAAUCCACAGAUUUAUAUUGACUCUCCGACUCUCCUAUCAACAGCUAAUUGAUCAUCGUGAAGACGAAGAAAGGAAUGGACUGGGCCACGAUGUCGGGGAUGAAAGGGGAGGAGGGGAGAGAGAGAGGGAAGCAACGAACAGUAGGUAGCACAGAGCGGAGUCUGUUUUCACAGGGGAAGGCGGUGGGAAAGAGGGGGAGGGAUUCAGAGUGGGUGUGGCCACACAAGUCACGUGAUGUACGGGAGUCUUGGGCUGAUUUAGAGAUAGUGGCUUCUCCAUAUUCACUUCCGUGGGGUGGCUAUAAACGGAUCAACCUGUACAUUGCAUAUACACUCUCUUUAUAUGUAUCACGUAUACGUUCCGCAUGUGUCGAUGGAAGAAUCUGGCACAAGCUGCACACGGGGGCCAUCAACUUUGGUUUCAGCUGCUCAAAUAUCCCUGCAGAGCCACAAGGCGGUACUCAUGUUAUCUACCCGGUCUGUGGAAUCCUCAUCAGAGUGCUUGGUGUGGUGUGUGUGAAUGUGUGUACAUGUGUGUGUGCGUCUUUGUGGGGGGAGCGGCGGUGCAGCGGUUAGCGCCGCUGCACUGUGAAACCCAGAGACCUGAAUUCGAUUCCCACUCACGGCCAACAUUGGUAACAAAUAUCCGAACUGGUCCUGUGUCUUUGCUAGGUAGAGUCGGCCUUAAGUGAGUACCUGGUGCAGUGUUUAAACUUGCGUCCUGCAGGUUGUUAUGUCUGCUCACUAACAUCACUUGCCCAAAAUAGUCCGAAAAGGCUAUAUGGGGGAACUUUGUCUUUUGAAUGUGUGUAUAAUCAUAUGUAUAUGACAGGGUAAUGUACAUACAUGUAUGUAACUGAACAUUUUAAAAUGUUUCACAAUGCCCUUGAUAAUAUGUGUAUAUAUAACAUUUAAGGUACGGUAUAUAUUAAAAAUAUAAAUGUAUAGAGAUUGGUCUCAAAGUAAAGUAUCUUUUUAUAUCAUAAA